AUGUUAUCAAGUGUGCGUCGUUUUUUCAAAUUUAUUCAUUGGUUAUAUCUUCAAUAUCUUCUUAAUACGGCAUUGUAUAUGCUUGAACCAUGGGAACGUGCACUUUUUUCAACAUUAUUAUUUGCUAUUAUAUCUACAGCCGUUUAUUCGGCUUUAGUUUUUCUUCCAGUUCAUAUCAAAACAAAUUUACAACAAAAAAAAUCUUGGUAUGAUUCAGUAUAUCAAGAUAUUCAACGUUUAUAUAUACAAUUUCUGUUGAUGACAACACUUUAUGUGAUGGAACCAUGGGAACGAAUGCUUAUAAUUUGUAUUUUUCUUGGCAUCAUCUCACUAGUUACUUUUUCGGCUCUUGUUUACAUUCCAUUUCACAUCCAUUAUAUAUUACAAUCGACAAUGCCAAAUCGUGUUUUUUAUUUAUUUAUUUAUUGUGUUGUAACUAUAAUGGAUAUUGACUCUGAACCUUUAUCAUCAACGGCCGGCAUGUCAAAUUUAGACGAAGAUUUAAUGGAAAGAUUACGAUCAAUUACAACAUGUAAUCGUGAAGAUUUAAUAGCACAAUUUCGUUCGACUACCAAUGCUAUGUUAACAGAUGAAGGUUGCGCUUUUUUUCUCGAAAUGAGUAAUUGGAAUUUAAAUGAAGCUAUUCUUGCUUAUUAUGAUGCUGAAAUGCCAACAGAUAAAAUUCCUCAAAUGCGUUUUGUUGCUGAUGUAACUGUUGGUGAAGGUGAAGCCAUUCCACCAAAUACACGAUUUGUAAAAACUUGGCGAGUUGAAAACUCUGGUAACGAACCGUGGCCAAGUAAUUGUUCAUUACGUUUUGUUAAUGGUGAUCGCUUACAAGAUCGAGAUGAAAUUUACGUUGGAUCAUUAGCACCAGGUGAACAAGCAAAUAUUUCCGUUGAUAUAACUAGUCCGGCUGUUUCAAAAAUUAUUAGAUCACAAUGGCGUCUAUUCACUUCGGCUGGUGUCCCUUUCGGAGAUCCAAUAUGGCUAAUUGCCAGUGUGGAGGAAGGUGGUUUAAUGGGUAUAACUCAACAACUUGAACAAUGUCAUUCACUUGGUAUGAAUGUUAAUUAUCCACAACAGAUGAGCAAUCAAAUAGGCGGUAUGCCACCGUCAAAUAAUUUAUUAUGUCAAACAUCUUCUACAAAUCCAUUUCAAAAUACGAGAUGGCCUACGUCAGAUGCCAAUAAUGCAGCUGGCUGGACGAAUUAUCCAAUUGUACCUGUUACAGAAUAUUCUCGAACGAGCAAUAUUAAUCAUCAACCACCGGAUCCAUCAUCAUCAUCAAAUGGAAUGAUUGAUGAUAAUUCUUUAGACACAUAUUAA